AUGUCACCCAAGCCCAAGAACCAACCUACGAUCGCCAUCAUUGGUGGAGGGUCAGUGCAUCAGCCACUUUCACCUUGCCUUCCUUCUUCCCCGCGCGUGCCAUGCGCCAUCUUGAGCCCCACUCGGGGUUGAAAGGUCGCCGGGCUCGGAAAAGCAGCGAUCUUUUGCCCCACUCGUCGCUCGCUGACAUCCGGAGUUGCUCACAUCUUUUCCGCAGCCUUUCGGGUCUCACCCUUGCUCUCGAGCUCAAGAAAAACCUCGGCUUGGAAAAGACCGUCACGAUGUAAGCUUAACGGGUUCGGAAGGCAGUUCCCUCGAAGGCGCGCCGAUCUGGCCGCCGUUUUUUGAGUCCCCAGUGUCUUGACGACGCCGGCAUUCAGUCGACGCGCUGGUGUCUUGGUGCUCCAGAGCGAGACAGGACACUCACGCCAUCGGUUUCAACUGUCGCAACUGUCGCAGCUACGAGAAACAUCCUCAUGAUGUCGGAGGUACCUGGCGCGAUAACUACUAGUGAGUGCAUUGCCUUCUUCACACGGCGCUUUAUCCCGUUACCCUGCUAGCCUCUAAGUCGGAAGAGCAUGGCGGUUGUGUAUCUCUAGCAAUGUCACAUGGAAGAUCUCUAACUGUUCUCCAUGUCUACUUCCCAGCCCUGGAUGUGCCUGCGAUGUGCCAUCUCAUUGUACGUUACCCUCGGGGCCACCGGUCACCAACUUCACCGUUACCUGACUGAUUACGGACCAUUCUUUUACUGGCACACAAUCAUCCAGGGUACUCACUUUCGACCGAACUGAACCCUGACUGGACGAGCAAGUACUCUGGACAGGCUGAGAUCCAAAAGUGUGGGUUUUCAAAUUUUUAUCCCGAUUUUCCGUGCUUUUCCAGGCGAUAAACGGGAUGGCAAGUGAUUGAUCAUCCACGAUUCCUAACAGACUGGCAAGGUAUCUACAAGAAGCACAACCUGGCCAAGCAGACAAAGUUUGACAGCACCUUCAUCAAGGGUGAAUGGGACGCCGUCGCGCAAGGCUACAAUGUCGAAUUCAAGCGCAAGGACGGUUCGACCUUCUCCAUCAAGUGCGACGUACUCAUCUCGUGCAUCGGUGGAUUCUCGACCCCGCUUGACAAACCCCAUGGUAUGAAAGGGAUUGACUCAUUCAAGGGCCCCGUCUUCCACUCGGCUCGUUGGCGCAAAGACGUCGACCUCAAGGGAAAACGGGUAGCCGUCAUUGGCAACGGCUGCUCCGCUGCUCAGUGAGCACUUUUCAAAUGCCCUGAAAAAACCCGAUGAAUGAGGCUAAUCCACUGGACCUCAUGCAGAUUCAUCCCGAUUCUUGCCGAGGAAAAGUCGACCCAAGUCAUUAACUUCAGUCGUACCCCCAGUACGUUCCUCGAUCACGCGUUGCUCUGGGACCAAAAUUCUGACGCUAUGACGUUUCACAGGUUGGUUCGCACCGCGGGAUCAGAAGGACUACUCCCGUGUAACCAAGGCUGCGUUCCGCUAUGUCCCCGGCUUGAUGCGCUCGUACCGCAACUUCAUCGCGAUCACGUCCGACUCGCGCUUCGUCGUUUGGUGGUUGCAAUUCUCCACCUUAAGGCACUACGUCGAGGAGCACAUGGCCAACUACAUUCGUCAGAACUCGCCCGAGAAGUACCACGAGUGAGUCGCAUUAUUUCAUCAGCCCAGACGGUCGAAACUGAUCAACCUUGACUGCCCAGCUUCUUGGUUCCCAAGUACCCCUUCGGCUGCAAGCGCGUCAUCAUGGACCCAGGCUACCUCCAGUGCCUCUUCCGCAGCAACGUCGAGCUCGUCACCGAUGGCAUCUCGACCAUCACGGAGAAAGGUUUGCUCGGCAAGUCGGGCAAGGAGUACGAGUUUGACGUGCUUAUCCUUGCGACGGGCUUCGAUGUCUCUGAAGUCGGCUUGGGCAUCAAUAUUGUUGGUCGUAAUGAAAAGACCGUGACCGAGCAGUGGAAGGAGCAGAAUGGUCCUCAGGCUUACCUUGGAACCACCAUUGCCAAUUACCCCAACGUUAGUCGAACUCAUCCUAUAAAGUGACGUGAUGUUUGAGGCUAAUCGGGAUCUUUGGGCCUGCCUAAGUUCUACUCGGUCCUUGGCCCGAACGUUGCGUCCGGAACGGCUUCGGUCGUCUACUCGACCGAGGCGCAGGUCAACUACAUCGUCAAGAUGAUCGAACCCAUGGUCAAGUAUGGUGUCAAGUCGUUCGAGUGCAAGGUCGAGGUUGAGCAACAGUACAACGAGUACAUCCAAAACCGACUCAGUAAGUUGACCGUACUUCUCGUGGCUCAUGACGGGGAGCUUUGCUGACGCGCACUCUUUUUCAUCGUAGAGGGAACGGUCUGGAACGGAGGCUGCACGUCCUACUACAAGUUGGGCGAGAAAGUUGUUGCGACCUUCCCCGGUCCGACGUCCGAGUUCGUUUGGCGCACGCGCAAGCCCAAGUUCGAAAACUUCACCCAAACCGGUGGAACGGUUCGUGUCGCCGCUCGUCAUGCGCAGAAGAAGAUCGCGAAAUGGUUCACCUUGUUCGCGCUCAUCGCCUUGUUUCGCAAGUUCGGGUACAAGAGAAUCAGGAACGAAAUUUUACUGUGGUUGUUGGUGAGUCUGAGUGGUGCCGCGGACUGUGCAUUGUACAUUUGUGCGUUACUGACCACCGCAUCACUUUGAACAGAUGCGCUACCAAAAGGUGAUCCCCAUCAUCAAUCGCGUCCGAGGACGAGUCGAAUAA